AUGACUGAAUUAUCUCUCAUCAGCACUUCAAACAGCAAAAUUGCUUCUGCCUUUCCAUCUGGCCUCACGGCUGUCUUCGUUGGGGGAACCAGCGGCGUGGGUGAAUACACGCUGAAGGCUUUAAGCAAAUACGUACCAAGGUCAAAAUUCUACAUAAUUGGUCGCUCCAAAGAGUCUGCAGACCGUAUUAUAAGAGAAUGUACUGAGCAGAAUCACGAAUGCUGCUUUGAGUUCAUAAAUGCCGACAUUAGUCAGUUGCAACGCGUCGACAAUGUCAGUCGCCAAAUUGUGGCCAAAGAAAACUCAAUCAAUCUACUUUUCCAAACACAAGGAACCAUGGCUUUUAAGAAAACCACUGCCGAUGGACUUCCUCUGACGGCCGCUCUCGGGAUUCAUACACGUAUACGCUUCAUCCAGAACUUUCUCCCACUUAUACAACGCGCCGAAGGGCUCAAACGUGUUGUCACAGUCGGAGCGGGUACAUGCGAGGGUGGCAUUGACCUUGAUAAUAUUCUCGCUGUUGGUGCCCCUCUCCUUGUAUUCCGCGAUCAAUUAGCCUCUGUAAUGACACUUGCACUGGAGCGCUUGUCAGAGGAGGCGCCUGAUGUCAGCUUUGUGCACACGUGCCCUGGUGUCGUGGAUAGUGGCAUCUCUCGAGAUGCGGAAGGAUUCAGCUUGAAAGUUAUGCUCUUCGUUUCUAGCCUACUCAAACCGCUGGUUUCCACCCCUCCGGCUGAAUGUGGAGAAAGACACGUCUUUGCUGCAACAAGCGGAGUUUAUUCGCCCAGGAAAAGAGUCCCAAACUCAACCGCUUUCGAAUUGGCUGGUCUACCUUUGUCACGAGGUAGUACAGGAGAGAUUGGCUCCGGUGUUUACUCCGUGGGGCCAAAGAGUGAGAUUCUCCCUGAUAAAGCUAUCUUAGUAUUGAAAGAGUUUAGAGAGGAUGGGACAACAGAGAAAGUUUGGAGUUAUAUAAUGGAAAGCUUCGAGAGCAUCCUUGGGACGUCAAAGCCUGUACAAUGA